AUGACAGCAGGACCACGACCUUCGCAACCUAAGCGAAGACGUACCUACUCGAGUCCGGACGACUCUUCGUCUAGCAAACGAUCGGGUUCGACUGCUGAGAGGGAUACCCCUGAUAUAUAUGGAUCCACGGUGAUGGAAGAGGGCUCAGGCGUAUCGACUGAUGAACCUGGGCAAGAUGCUGUGCCCUUUGACCAGGAAGCUGGUUUGGAGGAGUCUCUCCCCUCCUUGAAGUCAGGGGAAGAUGCCGUUGAGGAAUAUGAGCAGUGGAAAGCUUCAUUGGGAGGCGAAUCCCGAGUAGGAGAGACGCAGCAGCGGUUCAAUCAAAGAGGAUGGGUCAAAGGAGAGAGCUCUAUUUAUGUCGACGCUUUCAACUACGCCCUCGGCAGCGUCCUAGAGGAUGAAAGCCAUCUCUUUAAUGAAGCAGAGAAAGCUGUGUUUGAUUACUGGAAAGGGCUCCCUUAUGAGUCUCAAUAUCUUUACGUUCGACUCUUUCUACGCAAAACAUCCGCUUGGCAUCGUGUCAAUAAGCUGGGUUAUUAUCAAGAUAUUGCCGAUUUGCCAAGGGCAGUCACCGAUCUUAGAAAGAUGAGAAAGCUACCUACAUCAACCGAUGACCAGACACCUAAUAUUGGAGGGCUAAGCAUGUCUCCUGUGGCUACAAGUGGUAAUGAGUUUCGAUUUGCAGAUGAUAUGAAAGAGAUACAGUCAAUCGAAGAAGCUUCUUCCCUACUUCUUCUUGACGAAUUGAAAUCUUUAGCAAAGGACCUGAAGGUUGCAGGAAAGAACAAGAAAGAUUUGAUCAAUGGUUUAUGCGAAGCAAGCACUGCUCAAACAGGGCUAAGCUGGCUUUCCUCAACUGAUGCAGAAGAAGGUAUUGACGGUAAGGCUGCAUCAAUGGUAUCAUCUCUCAGCAACGGUGAAACUAGUAUAAGAGCUGCCUUAUUCCGAGAGAAGAUCUUUGGCCGUACUGGUGACUGCAUACGACUUGCAAAUGGCACGUUGAAACUUUUUGAACGCGUUCACCUGCUAUUCUACCGUUCGACGCAAUGGUCAGAAAAUUCCCUUACUGCUAUAAUCCUGGCAAAGAUAUCCAAGAAAAAUUAUCCAGAUUAUAUUGUCAGUCGCUCGAAUUCCAUAUUUCCAUCUCGAUCCGAUUUGCUUGAAUUUGAAACUGCCCUUCGUAUCCAGUUCGAUCUGGACAAGGAGAUAGAAUCCAGCAACACGGCAAUUGAUGAGAAGAUACAAGCUGUUAAGAAAAUGGCGGAAGCUGUCUAUCCCAGGUGGAGGAUAUUGCUACUGGAAGAACAAUCCAAAGAAGAACGAUUAUAUGAUUAUGGAGAAGGCGCGUAUCUUCGUCGCUUUUCCCCUGCAUGGGUGUACACCAGGAUCAUACAUAAAGGGCUGUGGUCUCUCGGACGGCUUAAAGAUUAUAAACAAGAGCACAAGACAUUAAAGGAACUACUGGGUCAGCGUCUCUUUCACUCUGCGAGGCGUGGAACUUGGUAUCAGCGCAAGGCACUCCUUGAAGAGCAUUAUAUGUGGUCUCUUGAUGUCACUGAUACCCGUCCUGAAGACGCUCGAAAGAGGGAUUGGAGACAACAGGCUCUCCGUACUUGCGAAGAUGGACUUCAAGAUCCAGAAUGUCAUAUCAUUUUUCACUACGGCCUACAGAAACGGAUUACUAAACUAGAAAGAUCCCUGAAAAUAGCAUGGAGGGAGCAACAUGAUUUUUCCCAUGUCAUGCUUGCAAAACCUGAAGAACGAAUGGUGCAUGGGAUCCGGAUUGAAAAAGAACUACCAGGAAAGCAGCCAAAUGGAAAAUCCCCAGGAAGCAGUAACUCAAAAAACAAGGGACGUCCAACUGUCUGGGUUGACGAACGGGAAGGAGGAGGCGAAUGUCGGGUUGAAAACAUGUGCCUGAGCUGGUAUAGGGAUAAUGGAUGGAAAGGCUUCCACUGCGAAAGCGGCAUCCUUCGAACACUUUUUGGAUACCUAUUCUAUGAUAUUAUAUUUACUUAUGUCCCUAACGUCUUCCAGACUCCCUUCCAGACAUGCCCCUUGGAUUUACAUACAGAUUCCUUUUACCCAUCUCGAAUAUCUGAGAUCAAUUCCAGGUUGGCUGAGAUAUCAAAUGGAGAAGCUCAAAGGAUCAUUAAAGAAGUCCAUGCCCGUGAAUCACCAAGGCAGACUUGUGCUAUCGGUAUUGACUGGUCCUUUGAGCUCGGUGAUCUCCUUGAGAUUGCUCAAUGCUUUAGAGGUGAAGCAUUGGCAACUAUAUGCCAGGUGAUGGCGCAAGAAUACCAGCAACGAGGUGGAGGUAUUCCGGACCUUUUUCUCUGGCGUAUGGAUACUAAUGAGGUUAUGUUUUCAGAGGUCAAGUCAGAAAGUGAUCGUUUAAGCGAUACGCAACGACUUUGGAUCCAUGUUCUUACAGGGGCAGGCGUCAAAGUUGAGCUCUGCAACGCAGUGGCACGUGAGGUUAGGCGUAUAUAA